AUGCUCUCAGACUCUGUUUGCUCUUUACCUGUGGCCAACUUCUCACUGCUAAGCACCAACAAGAAACAGGUAAUGACUCCUGGUCAGUCCUAUCAGAUCACACUGGACUUGGAAAUGCCAGAAUCUCCAACAAAUAUGAAACUGGGGAUGUUCCUAGUGAAGAUGUCAUGCUACUCCCAUGAUGGACAGACUGUCGAUACAUUAAUGCAAACUGUAUGUACAAUGCUUCACUAUCGCUCAAACCUGCUGCAGACUCUGGAGACUGUGAUCUUGCUGCCUUUGAUGCUAAUGGGAGUAAUUGAGCAGAAGCAGCAUGUCCUAGUUGAGCUUCACUCUGCUUACAUAGACAGCUCAUAUAAACCUUCCAUUGGAGCUGUUAUAGAAAUCCAGUCCCAGCAUGUUCAGUUUUACAAAGCCCAGCUCUAUAUUUAUGCUCACUUCAGUGGCAUCAGGUGUGCCCUCUAUCACUAUCCCUUUAUAUCCGCUGUAGUGGGAGUGAUGAGUAACUUUCUGUUCCUAAGUGGGAUCAUCUUCAUUGGUUUUGUGCAGGACAGCAGCAUGUGGCCAGAUCUAUAUUUUGGAAAAUGGAACAUGGUGAGAAAGUGGAAAGCAGAUAUACUGGAAGAUAUGAAUCAGUAUGAGAGAAACCCACACUCUGAGGAAAAUUGCACAGGCAUGAAGACAAAUUUGUUGGAUCCAUCUGUAGUAAGAUCAAGUGAAAUCAUGAAUAACAGUUCAGAUAAGAUGGAAGACACAGAAGUGAUGGAGACGGUUAAGACAAAUUCCCUUUUAUGAUUAACAGGUUUAGGGCAGAUGAUGGACAGAUUGAUCUGAAACAGAUUUAACCAAACACAUUGAGAGAUUUCAUUAAUAUAGGUAAAGGUUGAAAUAGAAAAAGCAAGCUGUUUGUUUUAUUGUGAGAGCUUGAGUCAUGCAAAAGCGUGGACACUGGGCCUUAUUUAUCAAUCUGGAUAUGAGUGGAUUAUGUGUAAAGUGUUUG